AUGUGGAGCCUCAUGUUUAAAGCUCGUAAGCCAAAAUGCAAUAUAAUUGUUCAAGUUAAGUUGCUCCGUUUCAAUUUAUUUCUGAACACAGAGAAUUAUGCCUGCUUGCUUGGACAUGAAAACAAUUAUAUCAAAAGUUUGGAAGCAAAUAUGGUAAUUACCAAUGCUGGUGUUACUCUGAUUUAUCCCACAACAACUUCAGUGACUGUUCCAAAUUGCUUGGGUAACAUAGAACUAUCUGUGCUGGACUUGAGAAGGAACAAUUUUAGUGGGAGUCUUCCACGGUUAUGUGCGCAGAGCCCUUCAUAUUUGAAAACCAUUAUUUUAAAUGGAAAUCAAUUUGAAGGACCUAUCCUGGUGUCAUUGCUCAACUGUACUCGUUUAGAAGUCCUUGAUAUGGGGAAUAACGCUAAAAAUGACAUGUUUCUAGCUUGGCUAGGAGCUCUUCCAGAGUUGCAGGUCCUUAUAUUAAGAGGCUCACUACCUGCAAAGGUUUUUGAAAACUUUAGAGCAAUGAUCAAAUUAUAUGGCACAGACAAAGGCGAGAUCAAAUAUAUGGAAGAAUCUGUCUCGACUUUUGGAGUGUACGAGGAUUCAGUGAGGUUGGUGAUAAAAGGCCAGGAAAUUGAGCUACAAAGAAUCGGCACAAUUAUGACAACCAUAGAUCUCUCAAGCAACCAUUUUGAAGGUGUGAUUCCAAAAACAAUAAAGGAUCUUCGCUCACUUGGGCUACUCAAUUUAUCCCAUAACAAUCUCAGCGCUGGUAUUCCAAUGGAACUGGGGAAAUUGAAUAUGCUCGAAGCAUUAGAUCUCUCUUGGAAUCGGCUCACUGGAAAGAUUCCGCAGGAAUUUGAUAGAAUGAAUUUUCUAGCAGUCUUAAACCUCUCUCAGAAUCUACUUGUCAGACCGAUUCCUCAAGGUUCACAAUUCGACACAUUUUCAAGUGACUCGUAUGGUGGCAACCUUGAUGUAUGUGGUCCUCCUUUGUCAAAGAAAUGUGGAACGAGUGAUCCAUCGGAGUCUGAAGAAGAAGACGAGUCAUCCUUCUUAAGUGGAUUUACGUGGGAAUCAGUUGUCAUAGGGUACAGUUGUGGACUAGUUGUUGGAACUAUCACGUGGAGCCUCAUGUUUAAAGCUCAUAAGCUAAAAUGGUUAGUGGAAUUUUUUGAAGGCGCUUUUCCCAAGAAAAUGAGAAGGGCACAAAAGAGAAGGCGGGGACGGCAGACUUAA